CUGGGCGGAGGAGCGCGGCGCCGCCGGGGAACCCAACGAAAUCAGCCGCCGCGCAGCUGAUGCGAGCUCGUGUGUUGGUGGGCGCGUGUGAACACAGCGCUCAGCUACCAAGUCGCCGGCCAGGUCCACCCGGAGACUGUUAUCUGCGACGACGUUCGGCGACUCCAGCCCGCGAACGCGCCCGUCUUCCUCGUCAAUUCCAUUCAAGUCCACCCCGGGCUCAGUGCUCGUUGAUAACUCAGUGCGUUUAACGCGAAAUUUCCCGCGAGUUCCGCGCUACAAGUCGAAAUCUGGCGCCAAAAGCCGCAAUCUUCGAACAAUUCGUGCGACGCCGUCCCGUUCGCGUGUGUAAGCGGAAAACGUCCUCGUCUACGAGUUCACUUUGUUUACCGUUUGCCAGCCUGGUGUAACGCAGUUGGCGCUUCAACCGACAGAGGGCAGGUCAGCGCAGUGACGACAAUAUGUGGGUAGCAAGGCAGCUGUUGUCCCGUACAAAUGCAUUGCGGCAGUGCAGAUUUUAUGCGAGUGGUAUACCAGAACUGACACAGGAUCGUUAUGAUAUUAGAAGAGGAAACUAUUCAAAAUUGGAAGAGUCCGACUUGAAAUUCUUUGAAAAAAUUGUGGGCAAAACUCAUAUGCUAACAAAUUCUGAUGAAACGAUUGGGUACAACGUAGACUUUAUGAAAAGCGUACGAGGUAACAGCACUCUAAUUUUAAAGCCAAGAUCAACAGAAGAGGUAUCCGCAAUUUUAGCACAUUGUAAUGAACGCAAAUUAGCAGUAUGUCCACAAGGCGGCAACACAGGCCUAGUCGGUGGUUCAGUCCCAGUUUUUGAUGAAAUCGUGUUAUCUUUACAAAAUCUCAAUCGUGUUGAAACCAUUGAUGACUUGACUGGUAUCCUGAUUUGUCAGUCAGGUUGUAUUCUGGAGAACUUGGAGCAGAAAGCGAAUGAAAAAGGACUCUGCAUGCCACUUGACUUAGGUGCUAAGAGCUCAUGCCAAAUUGGGGGCAAUGUUUCAACAAACGCGGGUGGACUUCGCCUGGUACGCUAUGGAAAUUUACAUGGAUCAGUACUGGGAUUAGAAGCAGUUCUAGCUAAUGGAAAAGUUACAAAUUUGAUGUCGAAUUUCAAGAAAGAUAACACUGGGUACCACUUGAAGCAUUUAUUCAUAGGUUCCGAAGGAACUUUAGGAGUCGUGACGAAAGUUGCCAUGCAGUGUGCUCAGCUAUCCAAAUCUGUUCAUGUGGCAUUUUUAGGACUUCCUUCGUUCAAAAAUGUCCUUGAAACGGUUAAAAUGGCUAAGCAGGACCUUGGGGAGAUAUUGUCUUCGUGCGAAUUAAUUGACGAGGCAGCCUAUCAGUGCAGUAUCACUAAAUAUAACUUGCAAGCACCAAUUAGCGAUUGUCCUUUUUAUAUGCUCAUUGAAACAUCAGGCAGUAAUAGCGAGCACGAUGAAGAGAAAGUUAAUAACUUUCUGACAAGAUGUAUGGAAAGUGGAAAUGUCUUGGAUGGAACAGUCACAAAUGAACCUACCAAGAUAAAGAAACUCUGGGAUGUUCGAGAAGGGGUUUCUACUUCUGUUCUCAAGGAUGGCUACUGCUUCAAAUACGAUUUAUCUUUGCCACUUCGCAAUUUCUACGGUAUCGUAGAUGCCACUCGGGAGAGGGUCGGAGAUUUAGCAACAAGAGUUUGUGGAUAUGGACAUUUGGGCGAUUCAAAUUUGCACCUGAACGUAUGCUGUUACGAAUUCACCCAGGAGCUCUACAAACUUCUCGAACCAUUCGUUUUUGAGUACACAGCUAGCCACAAAGGUAGUAUCAGUGCUGAACAUGGAAUUGGAUUCUUGAAGCCCAAGUACCUGAAAUUUUCAAAAUCACAAGAGGCAAUUGAAAUGAUGAAAAACUUGAAAAGAUUGUUGGAUCCUAAUGCUAUACUAAACCCUUACAAAGUACUCCGAGACUAAAUGAAUGUUUGUUCUUUAUGGAAUACGGUUUCGUACGCGAGUCCUUAUUAAAAUGCAAUUAUUCCAAUAUAUCCUUUUCAUUGUUGUAUAAAUUUAUAUUAUUGUUGUAUGAAGUAAUAAAUUUCGAACAAAUACAUGA